GGUCGGAGAUGGGAGCGCACAUAACAGCAGCAGCAGCAGCACCAUCACGUCGGAAGACACGGGAUGAAUCUAAGGAAGGGGACAUGAAAACCAACAAUACCAAGCAGGUGCGCGGUGGAAGAUAUGGGAAAAAGAAAUUAAGUUUUUUUUAGUGACGCUGUACCCAGCCGCUUAAAUCAGUAAUUAAACCUCUGCUGUUGUGGCCUCUCGCUUUUUUGCGCUUUUUUCCCCCCCAAGCCAUUCUCCUUCCUACACUGCUGGCACAAAGACGCUUAUUCUAAGGAGCUGCACCUGGGAUUACAGUCAGUCCGCAAGAGUGAACAGAUCAGUUACAUCUAAAACGAUGGAAUGAGAAGCAGCGACAGUAAGUAAUAGGAGCCGGAUUAAAUCACUUUUCUUCUUUUUGUGCCCCUGUAAAUUCCCCUCUGAUACCCCCAUCCGUCACCCAGCGAAGACAUACUGUCAUUGUCUCGAAACGAAAUCGAUUCACUCUUAUUUUAAAACGUUGUUUUUGCCGGAAUGAUGCACAAGAAACUCUAUUAUGUCUAUAGAUUUUUAUUCCCUUUUGAUUCAUUGCGCAUUUCCCGUUUUUCCCUCUGAAUGAGCAGCCGAUUUCUCUUGUUCAGGAUGCGACUGCGCAACCUUCGACAAGUACCAGCAAUUAGGCUGUGUGUUUGUGCACGAGUUUCCUAAAAGCUUACAAGAAACAGUUCCCCCCCCCUUUUUUUUUUUUUUUUUUAAAAUUUUUUUUUUUUAUUGGACGUCGCCAUUGUUGUCUGUGAAAAGAAAAAAAAAGCAACUGUGGCGUUCUGGACUCAGAGGGGUCAAACGGUGCGCCCUUGGCAUCACACCAACCCCCUCCUUGUGUCUGAACCAGGGUCCGUCACAGAAAAUAAAUCAAGCACAAUAUGGUGGAGCCCGUUGGAUUCAUAGAGGCUUGGAAGGCACAAUUCCCUGAUUCGGAGCCCCCCAAGAUGGAGCUGCGGUCCAUUGGAGGUAUUGAGCAGGAGCUGGAGAAGUGCAAAGCGUCCAUCAGACGCCUCGAACAGGAGGUGAACAAGGAGCGCUUCCGCAUGAUCUACCUGCAAACCCUCCUGGCUAAAGAGAGGAAGAGCUAUGACAAACAGCGGUGGGGUUUCAGGAAGACACCAUUGAAUGAGGGGGUUGACCCUGCAGCCACCCAGGGUGCAGAGUCACCAUCUCAGCAGCCCCACAUGCAGGAGACUGGUGGUGUUGGAGGUGCUGGAGGAUAUGCUGUGGUCGAUAGGAGUCGUUUUCAGCCACUUGGGGAUGGUACUGGCAGGUCCAAACCUAGGCCCCCACCAGCCAGGAAGUCAGCUUCCCAUGGAGACGGCUUGGAGUCAGCGUUUGACUCGCCCCAACAAGCAGAGUCUAUGUCCUGUGACAACCUCGAUGGCCUCUCGCCAUCCAAGCAGAGGGGUGGCAUCACCCUGUCACCCCGUAGGCCCACACUUCCACCCCCAGACAAGGAUCUGCCUUCUGACCCCAAAGAUAAGCUUGGGAUGGGACUUGGUGUAGCAGCUCUCAGAUCGAACUUUGAGAGGAUCAAACGAGCCAACUCUCACACUGCUGGAGAUGUAGGUAAGGGUCAGGAAAAGCAACUACCACCACCACCACCACCAUUCUACACCAACAUGGAAUUCCAUCAUGAGAGGGGUUUGGUCAGGGUCAACGACCGGGAUGUGUCGGAUAAAAUCAGCUCCCUGGGUACUCAGGCCAUGCAGAUGGAGCGGAAGAGGUCUCUUCACUCCCUUCCAGGCAAUCUGGCAACAGUGGCAGGUGAACUUCGUGCCAGGCCGGUGUAUAGAGGACGGUCUACUGAGAGCACCUGCGGUUAUGACGCAGAAUACGAAGAUGGGGAGCCCAACCAGCGACAUUCAGGGAGGGCCAAUGGGGGUAAACCUCCACCUCCGCCUUGGCAACCAUCUGAGUUCCAAGCCUACUCCAGCGUCUAUGUUGGUGGAGUAAUGAUGGGUGAAGGUGGCAGUGGAGAUGGACGUGGAGGUGGCAGUGGAAUCACAAUGAGGGACCACAGCGGAGGUGAUGAUCACCUCCUGACCUGGCCACGCCGCUCCUACUCCCCAGGUAGCUUCGAGGAUGCUGGAGGGGGUGGUGGCUACACACCAGACUGUAGCUCCAACGAGAACCUGACAUCUAGUGAGGAGGACUUCUCCUCUGGCCAGUCCAGUCACGUCUCUCCGAGUCCCACCACGGCCUUCCGUCGUCCCUUCAGAGAGAAGAGCAGGUCGCCUUCCCAAAACUCCCAGAACUCCCAACACUCCUAUGACAGCAGCAGCCCUCCUACGCCGCAGUCUCAGAAGCGUCACCACAGGCAGCAGGGAGGCCAUGUGGUCAUGUCUGAGGCCACUAUUGUGAGUGUUCGCAAGACAGGUCAAAUCUGGCCCCCUCCUGCCCACCAUGACCUCCUGCCCCAUGGCCGAACAUCCCAUGACAACAGUUUUCACGGAGACCACUUAGAUGGCCAUUUCACUGGAACUCCUCCAACGUACGGUUACGACGCAGACCGAGCAGAGGAGCAGCGGCGGCACCAUGACAUCCUGCCGUACAUUGACGAUUCGCCAUCAUCCUCGCCGCACCUCAGUUCCAAGAGCCGCAGCAGCCGGGAUACGCUCUCCUCAGGAUCACUGGAGUCCUCCAAGUCGACGGAGUGUGACCUUGAAAAGGGUUUGGAGAUGAGAAAGUGGGUCCUGUCUGGGAUCUUGGCCACAGAAGAAGCAUACCUCAGCCACCUAGAGGCUCUUUUACUGCCAAUGAAACCACUGAAGGCAGCUGCUACAACGUCCCAGCCUGUUCUCACAGUGGCCCAGAUUGAAACCAUCUUCUUCAAAGUGCCUGAGCUCUACGAAAUCCACAAGGAGUUUUACGACGGACUUUUGCCCCGCGUCCAGCAGUGGAGCCACCACCAGAGGGUCGGAGACCUCUUCCAGAAACUGGCCAGCCAGCUCGGAGUGUAUCGGGCAUUCCUGGACAACUAUGAGCUUGCUGUAGAGACAGCGGAGAAGUGCUGCCAGGCCAACUCGCAGUUUGCUGAAAUCUCUGAGAACCUGAAGGUGAGGAGCCCUAAAGACUGUAAGGAUACAGCCAAGAACUCCCUGGAGGCUUUACUGUAUAAACCUGUGGACCGGGUGACGCGCAGCACUUUGGUGUUACAUGACUUGCUCAAACACACACCCACCAGCCACCCGGACCACGCGCUCCUGCAGGACGCCCUGCGGAUCUCCCAGAACUUUCUGUCCAGCAUCAACGAGGAGACGACGUCAAGGCGCCAGUCUCUAGCUGGGAAGAAGGGAGAGAACCGCCAGCUGCUGAAGGACAGUUUCAUGGUGGAGUUGGUGGAGGGAACCAGGAAGCUGCGGCACGUCUUCCUCUUUACUGACCUGCUGCUCUGCGCCAAGCUGAAGAAACAGAUUGGAGGUAAAAACCAACAGUACGACUGCAAGUGGUACAUCCCCCUGACUGAGCUGACCUUCCAAGGCCCCGAAGACACCGAGCCCCUCGCCAUUCCCCAAGUCUCGGACGAAGAGCUGGAUGCCGUUAAGGUCAAGAUCUCACACCUUCGCAGUGAGAUUCAGAGGGAGAAGAGAGCCAACAAGGGUUCAAAAGUAAUCGACAGACUCCGGAAAAAACUGUCGGAGCAGGAGUCUUUGCUGCUACUAACGUCUCCCAGCAUGCCGCUCAGAUUGUUCAACAAGAACGGAAAGAGUUACAGCUUCCUGAUUUCUUCUGACUACGAGCGUUCAGAGUGGAGAGAGAUAAUCAGGGAACAGCAGCAGAAAUGUGUUAAAACUCCCUCACUGACGUCCAUGGAGCUCCAAAUGUUGACCAGCUCCUGUCUCAAACUCCAAACUGUCCACAACAUUCCUCUUAGUCUGAAUAAAGAAGAGGAUGAAUCCUCCGGUCUCUACGGGUUUCUGAAUGUAAUCGUCCACUCUGCCUCUGGCCUCAAACAGAGUUUAAAUCUCUACUGCACAUUGGAGGUGGACUCAUUUGGCUUCUUUUUAAAUAAAGCAAAGACGAGAGUCUACCGAUACACCACUGAACCCAAGUGGAACGAGGAGUUUGAAAUCGAGCUGGAGGGCUCUCAGACCCUGAGGUUGCUCUGCUAUGAGAAGAGCUACAACAGGACCAAGUUGAACAAAGAAGACGGAGACAGCACAGACCGCAUCAUUGGGAAAGGACAGAUCCUGCUUGAUGCUCAGGUCCUUCAAGGCAAAGACUGGCAAAGAACAGUUAUUCCUAUGAACGGGGUUGAAGUGAAACUGUCUAUGAAGUUCACCAGCAGAGAGUUCAGUCUGAAGAGGAUGCCCUCAGAGAAACCCCUGGGCGUGUUUGGAGUUAAAAUCUCCACAGUGACCAAACGGGAACGCUCCAAGGUGCCCUACAUUGUCCGUCAGUGCCUAGAAGAGAUAGAGAGGAGAGGCAUGGAGGAGGUGGGAAUAUACAGAGUAUCAGGGGUGGCCACUGAUAUCCAGGCUCUGAAAACCGCCUUUGACACCAAUAACAAAGACGUGUCUGUGAUGAUGAGCGAGAUGGACGUCAAUGCCAUCGCCGGAACCCUGAAGCUGUACUUCAGAGAGCUGCCUGAGCCCCUCUUCACUGAUGAGCUCUAUCCUAAUUUUGCAGGUGGCAUCACCCUCACUGAUAGUGUUGCCAAAGAGAGCUGUAUGCUGAACUUGCUGCUGUCACUGCCAGAACCCAACCUAGUCACCUUCCUUUUCCUUUUGGAUCACCUCAAGAGGGUGGCGGAGAAGGAAAGCGUCAACAAGAUGUCUCUGCACAAUCUGGCAACCGUCUUUGGGCCCACUCUGCUCAGGCCGGCAGAGAAGGACAGCAAGAUUCCUUCUAACCCCACUCAACCCAUCAGCAUGGGGGACAGCUGGUCCUUGGAAGUUAUGGCACAAGUCCAGGUUUUGCUGUAUUUCCUGCAGCUGGAAACCAUCCCCACCCCGGACAGUAAACGACAGAGUAUCCUCUUCUCCACUGAGGUGUAGAGCUUACUCAGACUGUCUGCUCUGAACUCAUUCUAGUAGAGGUGUAAAAAAAAAAAAAAAAAGGGGGAUGGACACUGGCUCAAAGUGAGCCCACUGUAGUGUGUUUUUAAAUUGACUUGGAAGGAUUGUUUCUACAGAACAGAAGAUGGCGCCACUCAUCUCUGAAGCUCAGAGGAUUUGAGGUCAUAAUUAUACACAUCAUUAUCCAAUAGUUAGUGUAAUUCCUCGUAUCUGUAGUUAUUCACCAGGUGAUCUGCUUUUGUCACAGUUUACUUUUUUUCUCGUCUCAUAAAUGAAGACGUGGUCAAAUUCAGUGCGUCUUUCUUGACUCUCAUGUACUUUUACAUUGCUGCAUUGUACUCAAGUUUGCAUUUAUUUUUGGACAAUCAUUAAGUCUUGCAAAACACAUGAUAGCAUCUCAAAUGGUUUUACACAUUAAAAUCUCUUACAUUGUUCUCGGUGCAUUAUUUCUGGAUAGACGAGACUUUUUUUUUUUUUUGUGGCCUUUUUCAGUUACCAUUUUUUUUAAAGGCAAUGAAAGCAGACUCCUGAUCGAGCUUACAACAAAAACAAACACGAUUCAAGUCGAGAGCUAUGACUUGAAAUGUGUUGGGGAAAAAAAGAAAGAAUUUAGUUACCCAAUCUUUUUUCUUUCUUAACCCAAAAAAAAAGCAGAUUUAUUUGGUCAUAUUUUUAUUUCAUCUCAUUUGUUUCUUAAGGUAGACUCCAGCCUAAAUGCACAGGAAGCAAUAUAUUUUCUAAUGUAGGAAUUGUCGAAAUGUUCGUCUCGUUGUAACAUAGGACAUCUUGCCAAACUGUUUUUGUUGUUUUUAGGGGAUAAAAUGAGGCAUGUACAUGUUUGUAAUCUUAAAGUUGUAUUUUGUUUUAAAGUUGUUACUAUUAUUUAUUUUGGGGGGGAUCCUGUUGAGGAAAAAAGUCUUUUUUAUUUUUUCUUUAUGAAAGUGGUAGGUUUUAGCCUCGACCUUGCUGUAAAAGAGCAAGAUUUCAGCCUUGUUUUUAACAACAAUCCCCCGUGAGCUCUCCAUUUAAAUACCAUUAUUAUCGUUAUUAUUAUUAUUAUGAAGGUAACACAAGCAUUGUAGUCAAAUCCUGUAUGCUGCUGUGGAAAAGGCACAAGCGUCUUUAACUGCUGGGUGUCUCUUGGCGGAUUCGUCUCGCCUCCAGAGACGUCUGUCACCCGUCUAGUGUAGACUUUAUGCAACAGUCAUAAUACAGAAUACUCAUACAAAUCAUGUAGGAGAUUAUGUUUGUUUUUUUUUGUACCAUUUAAUCUGUGGCAACAGAAGUGCACUCAUACAAUAUUAAAACUACUGUAUAAGAAUUUAAGUGGCCUGACAAUUCUGUGUUUAUGUCCAGUGAGAAAUACUUUUUUAAAAUUCUUUUUAUACCACUCGUUACCCUUUUUUGCUAUUGUAAAAAUUUCCCAGUGGCAACGGCCAUGGCGAAGCUCAUAACAUUCCCUGUUACUGAUUUAACAUGCAGGCAUGUUUUAUUAUUUUUAUUGAAUUUGUUAUGGAUGACUUUGUAUUCAGACUUGAUCUGGGAUAUUGUCGGUUUUUUUAAUUUUAUUGUCUUGCACUCCCAAAACGGAUCUUUUUAGCCAGAGGAAAGAUGAACCUUAUGAUGAAGGCUACGGUUAGAUUUCUGUAUACACCAAUCAGCCACAACGUAUAAACCACAAACUCAGUAUAGCCAUAUUCCAGGCUAAUAUUAGGCAUUAAAUACAUGUUUGCUAUUAAUGCCUUAAUCCUGAGGAUUUAAUGGACCUUUUCUGAGCCAUGAUAGAUUGUGUCAUAAGUCACAUGAUCCUUGUAGUUUGGAUGUUUUCAGGUCUAGAAAACCAUCUGCUUUUACAGACUCCAUGUUUAUCUUCUGAAAAGAAAUCUAGGAUUUUAAAUAACAAAAGCCAAAAGAACUAGUUCUCAUCUUGGUGUAAUAUUUGGAAGUCAUUCAAAUUAACAUUUUAUUCAUCAAUCUUCAGUUUUCUAAAAUGUGGAGAACCAUGCAUGAGCCGGUUACUGGUAUCAAAGUUUAAAGUUGCAAUUUACCGUUUAAUAACUUUAAAAAUGCAUCAAAUGCAGGUUUGAUGCAUGUUUUAGCAUCAAACUUGCAAAAAAAAAAUGCACAUCAAUGCUGGAGAGUCAUGAUUUUUAUUUGACUUUAGAGACUAUUUAGUGUUGCUGGCAAGCUUGCUGAGUCCGGCUGAAUCAGUCUUAAAAGAAAGAGAUAUUAGGUUGUCUGGAAAUAUUUCCGGCUCUGAGCAACUCUUGACAAUCACUGCACACAAACUAACAAAGUGUCGCCCAUUACCCUUUUAAAAGUUGAAGUUUGAAACAAAAAAUGUAGAACUACUCUUUAGACUCCUGUUCUUCCAACCCAGAAGUGGAAUUAGACCAGAGGAUACUUGGCAACCAUGAACAGGAGCUUGACAUACUUUAGAUAAACAUUUGAUUCUUUUUUUUUUCUCUUUCCUUUGGUUUGUUAUUUAGUUUGUAUUUUCUUUUAAUUCCUGUAAAGCACUUUGUAUUGCCUUGUUGCUGAAAAUGUGCUUUAUAGAUAAAAAUACCUUUACCUUUAAAAGACCAGUUGGCAAAGCUAUGAAGAGUUUGUCUGGUAACCAGCUAACUGUGCAGCUGUGGAGCAGAUAGCCUGACUAAUUUGCCAGCCUAUAUCCACUCAUUCUACUUAUUUUCCUUUAUGUAAAAAGUAGAAUGCCUAAAAUGCCCAACAAUCUGAAAGAACAUUUCAGUGCAAAAGGCACUGAAAUUAUUGCCCAUUCGUCUUUGAUCGAGAGCGUCUGUGUGAACAGAAAUCAAUCCAUAAGCACUUGAAUACCACUUUUGUUUUUUUGUUUUUAUUGUUUUUUUUUGAGCCAACAAAAAAAAAUGUUUUGUUUGCAUAAACAAGAAGGUGAUUUAUAUAUCACCUUCUAUAUAAAUAAUUAGAAGGUGAUUAUUUGUAUAAAAUGCUUCAAAAGGACUAAUAUGUUGCAGAUAGCAUAUAAAUGUAAUAAUUAAUAUGUUCCAUUAUUUUAGCAGAAUUUGGUUUCCAAUUUUUGUAUAAACGCCACCGUGCUGUAAAAUUGUAGGUUUUUUUUUUACUCAAGGUUUUCAUACUGUGAGAAUCUCAUAGGUCCUCCUCCCUGUUGAGAUCCCACAAAAACUUGCAUGCUCACCAUUUUACAAAUUGUGAUUGAUUGGGUUUUGACCUUUCAGAUUUUAUCUUUUUAUUUUAUCUUUUUUUUUUGCAGCCCUCGUAUGAAGCAUAAAUAAAUCAAACGAAAUCUGCGAUAACACGUCAUUUGACGAUGGCAAAACUUUGAGUGUUGCAGUUAAUUAAUUUUGAUAAAUAUCAAAAUUGCACCCAAAUUUGUUAGAGCUCGGCAAUCUCCCAGCAGAAUCUUUUCCUGGAAAAANAUAUAAAAAAU